AUGGCGGCUCACAACAUGGCGUCUCUCAGCAUGAUGGCCCUGAUCAUAGCAGCCAGCCUGUAUGAGAUUCAAGAAGUAAAAGAGCCAUUUCGUAUUUCUUAUCUCCCCAACUUGGCAACAGAAAGCGCUCCAGAUGAAGUCACGAUCUUCAUAAACCGCUGGCGGGUUCUCCUGCGUCCCUCUCGCCACCGGCUUCACCUCGAGGAGCGUCCUCCGCGGCGACAGUCAUCCGCGGCUCCUCUGGGGACAAACCCUCCGCCCACAGCGCCCCAUCCACGCUGGUUUCCGAGCCGCCCGACGGGCACCCGGGGUGACGCGUCCGAGGUCGGGGCGGACUCCGCCGGCCCCGCGCUGCGCGUCACCCGCUCGGACCCACGCGGGGCGGGGGCGGCACCUCGCGUGCUCCGUGGGCGGCUGCUGAGGGACUUCCGAUUCUCCGCUGGUCUCGAGGCGACGCAGGCGGCCGAAACUUCCUCACCGCCCCGCCUCGGAGCGCACUCGCGACGUCCGCCCGGCAGGAACUUCCCCGGCCUGCUCGGAGCAGGCUGCUCCUUAGACUGUCACCUUGGUUACACACUGACUUUUAUUUUUCUCUGUUUUAGCUGUGUUGGAGUAGAAGAACACCAUGCUGUUGACAUUGACCUGUAUCACUGUCCCAACUGUGCACUUCUGCACGGCUCGUCCUUGAUGAAAAAGAGGAGAAACUGGCACAGGCAUGACUACACAGAGAUUGAUGAUGGUUCCAAACCAGUACAAGCUGGAACCAGGACUUUCGUCAAAGAGUUACGUGCUCGAGUCUUCCCAAGUGCCGAUGAAAUCAUUGUGAAGAUGCAUGGCAGCCAGCUGACGCAAAGAUACCUGGAAAAACACGGAUUUGAUGCCCCUAUCAUGGUCCCUAAAUUAGAUGACCUAGGACUCAGGCUCCCUCCUUCUGCUUUUUCUGUGAUGGAUGUGGAACGUUAUGUAGGUGGUGACAAAGUGAUAGACGUCAUUGAUGUGGCAAGGCAGGCAGACAGCAAAAUGACCCUUCACAAUUAUGUUAAAUACUUCACGAAUCCUAACAGACCAAAAGUGUUAAAUGUGAUCAGCCUUGAAUUUUCAGAUACAAAGAUGUCUGAAUUGGUGGAGGUCCCUGAUAUAGCCAGGAAGCUUUCCUGGGUGGAAAACUAUUGGCCAGAUGAUUCAGUCUUUCCCAAGCCAUUUGUUCAAAAAUACUGCCUAAUGGGUGUUCAAGACAGCUACACAGAUUUCCACAUUGACUUUGGUGGAACAUCAGUCUGGUACCAUGUCCUCUGGGGUGAGAAGAUUUUUUAUUUGAUAAAGCCAACAAAUGAAAAUUUGGCACUCUAUGAAUCUUGGAGUUCAUCUGUGACCCAGAGUGAGGUAUUCUUUGGAGAUAAAGUGGAUAAAUGCUACAAAUGUGUGGUAAAGCAGGGACAUACCUUAUUUGUUCCUACAGGGUGGAUUCAUGCUGUGCUCACGUCUCAGGACUGUAUGGCUUUUGGGGGGAACUUUCUGCACAACCUUAACAUUGGCAUGCAGCUCAGGUGUUAUGAGAUGGAGAAAAGGCUAAAAACACCAGAUCUUUUCAAAUUCCCUUUUUUUGAAGCCAUAUGUUGGUUUGUAGCCAAAAAUUUGCUGGAAACCUUGAAAGAACUGAGAGAAGAUGGUUUCCAGCCUCAGACUUACCUAGUACAGGGGGUGAAAGCACUGCAUACUGCUUUAAAAUUGUGGAUGAAAAAAGAACUUGUAUCUGAACAUGCCUUUGAAAUUCCAGACAAUAUUAGACCUGGACAUCUUAUUAAGGAACUUUCUAAAGUAAUUCGAGCAAUAGAGGAAGAAAAUGGCAAACCAGUUAAAUCUCAGGGAAUUCCUACUGUGUGUCCAGUUUCACGGUCCUCAAAUGAAGCAACUUCCCCGUACCAUUCCCGACGGAAGAUGAGGAAGCUCCGGGAUCACAGUGUCCGAACCCCUUCCAACCUGGACAUCCUGGAGCUCCACACGAGGGAGGUCCUCAAGAGACUGGAGAUGUGCCCGUGGGAAGAGGACACGUUGAGCUCAAAACUGAAUGGAAAAUUCAACAAACAUCUCCAACCAUCUUCCACGGUGCCUGAGUGGAGAGCGAAAGAUAAUGAUCUGCGAUUGCUGCUGACGAAUGGGAGAAUAAUUAAGGAUGAGAGGCAGCCCUUCGCAGAUCAGAGUCUUUAUACGGCAGACAGUGAGAGUGAAGACGAUAAGGGAAGGACAAGAAAGGCCCGCGUGAAGACCGAAGCGAGCUCAGAAAUAGAGGGGCCGGAAAGGGAAGAACCUCCGAAACCACUCAGCAGGCUUUUUACAAGUGUGAAGUCAGAACUCAGGAAUAGAUCAUCAGAAUAUUCUGAUAUUUCUGAUUCAGAAGACUCUGGACCUGAUUGCACUGCACUGAAAAUUAAUUUUACCACUGAAGAAUCUGAAAGUUCAGGUGAUGAAAAGAAACAAGAAGUAACAUCAAACUUUAAGGAGGAAUCUAAUGUGAUGAAGAACUUCCUUCAAAAGAGUCAGAAGCCAUCUCGAAGUGAAGUUCCAGUUAGAAGGGAGUGUCCUACCUCGACGAGCACAGAGGAAGAAGCUAUUCAGGGCAUGCUGUCCAUGGCAGGGUUGCACUAUUCCACAUGUUUACAAAGGCAAAUGCAAAGCACAGACUACAGUGGUGCAAGGACCUCUCCCGAAGACCCCAGCAGUUGCCGCAGCAGUAACCAUGAGGUUAGGCAGUCGUAUCGCUAUGAUAAACCGGUGGAAUGCGGAUCUUAUGUCAAGACUGAAGAUCAAGACUUGAAGACUUCUUCUUGGAUUAAACAAAUUGAUAGAACGUCCAGAUUUAAUCCUCAGGAUCUAAGCAGAAGCCAGAAAUGCAUCAAAAAGGAAGGUUCAUCAGAAACAAGUCAAAAGGUGCAAAGCAGAAACUGUAUGGACAGCGGUGGCGCAGGCCUUCCGAGUGGAAAGUACACACAGAAUUCUGGCGUGGUUGCAGGCGUGUGCCAGAUAAACAGUGGCAGCCUGAGCCCCGAGAGGCCAGCCGGUGAACCCUCCUUUUCAGUGCCCCUGCACCCCACCAAGCGACCUGCGUCAAAUCCACCACCUAUCAGCAACCAGGCAACUAAAGGCAAACGCCCAAAAAAAGGAAUGGCAACAGCCAAACAGCGUCUUGGGAAGAUCCUUAAGUUGAACAGAAAUGGCCACGCGCGCUUCUUUGUGUGACAGAGCUGCUGUGGCAGCUGCGCCUCCCUUUGGAGCAGCCUGGGGCGGGAGCCCGGAGCUUCUGCCACCCCUGCCUGGAGCAGCUGGCGUGGACAGUAGGAACACUGCCCGAAGAGCAGAGGGACCCUGCUGCUGCGUCUUCACUGUGCCACACCCACUCAGCAAUAACUCUGGACCUGGUGGGAGAGGGAGGAGGGGGUAGAACCUUAAAAAGAGACCUUGAACUGGAAAGGGUCUCUUGUCAGGGCUUGAAUUUCAUUUUGUUGGUAGUGUCUUGAUUUAUUUUCAGUAGUAGGGUAAAGAAUUAUCAAUAAUUUAUUUAACAGAUUUUUUUUAAAGUUAACAGCUUUUAAAUUCUUUCUUUUUUAAAGCUAUUUAUUUGGAAGAUUUCUGGAGAAAUAUCUCACUAAUUUAGAUUUAAGAAUGUGAAGGUUUUUAAAUUAUUUUUGAUAGUGUGUGUGUUACAUGUGGGGAGAGCCACGGUAACAGUAACUAGUCUGGACUCUUAAAUUUGAUAUUCAGGUUAAAGUCUUAAACAGGGAUUUGAUGCAUUAAUUAUUUUAAAUUAAGAUGUAUAUGAAAAUCAUUUUAUUUUAUAUAUUUCAUGUGUUUUUUAUAAGCUAUUAGCUUCGCUUUUGCUAACAUCCAAGGUGCAUACUGUUAUCCAGGUUGAUUCCCUUACACCCGCUUCCCUCUGCACCCCUCAUUUUGUGAUGACCCGACAAGACUCUUCUCUUUGCAGGGAAACACUUGCAUAGCCAAUGCAUAAGAGCUCCGUAAAAGACCCCUCGUCCCUCAUUUCCUUUGACAUUGUGGUUUUCUUCUGAAUAUAGGGAAAUAGGCUUCUUCUUGCAUUUUCAUUUUUGCUGAUGAUAUCUGGGUCCCAAAGAGAACAGCUUUAAUAUCUUCUUCCUACUUGUGGGGAAAGUAUUAUAAGUUUGGUUAAAUGUCAUGUUUCUAGUUUUUUUCAAGUACAUUGUAAGUACAGAGGGCCUUUCUCAUACCACUGGUAUUGGAGGACAGGGCCAGCACCUGCUGCAAGGGUUGUAUCUUUUGAUGCUUUUAUUUGCUAACCCUAAUAUGUUGAGAAUGAUUUGAUUUAGGAUAUUCAAAUCUGCAUAAUAAGCCGUAAUAUAAUAGGAUUAUACUAUCUUAAGUUGUAUAGAAGCAAGCAUGUUGGAAUAGAUCUUGUGUGUGUAUGUGUUUACUUUUUUAUUUCUUAACAUUUUAAGGAAUUACUCAUAAGGAGUUGGAGUAAAAUGGGUGCUCUUUGCAUUUAUUUCCGUCUAAACUUGGCCAGUGCAUAUUGAGGUUAAAUAUCUGGUUGAAUUUUAAAGUAAUCAUUUAUGUCCUUUAUGCACAAUUUUUAGUGAAUGUCAGGUUUUGGUUGCUUAUAAGAGUUUUUGUUUUCCCUUUUCCCUCUCAUGGUAUAAAAGUAAAUGAUUGUUGAGGGUGAGGUGGAAAUAUUCCCAAGUCUGAAUAUACAGCAUUUUACAAAUUCCUACAAAGACAAUACAAGCAAACAGAAUGAAAUUUAUUUUUAUGGAGAACAAAUGUGGCUAUAUAAUGCAUUUGUCUUUUUAUUUUUAACUUGGGAUUUUCUGUCUGUAUUAAAGAUCACUUAAAUUGUUAAGAAAAAAGAAUCUAUACCAUCAUCUUUCAUGGUUGUAUUCAAAUGUAUAUUUCCAAAGAGGAACACUUCUUAUUGUCUUUUCCCGUGUUUCAUGAGACAACUAUGAAAGAGCUAAUGAGAUAGCCAUUUUGGUCCAGAAGUCUGAAUUUUAUUUGGGUGUCAGGAAGAAGAACUUCAUGGAAAUCUUCAGUAUCUGUGAACGGCCUACUUAAGCCCUGUCUACAUGAUGCUGUAACUAGUGCAGAAAUGGAUACAUUCAGCCCAGGUGCAGUUAUCUAGGUUUGACUGAUGCCCUAACCUUCCUGCAUAAUAUAUCACUGUGAUGUCUUGGUUUUCUGUAGACCCUGUUCUAAUGGGUCUACAGUGGUCCAUAGUGGGAUUAAGAAAGAAGAAGUAUAAUUUCUUUCUCCAGUGCCAUCAUGAUCUGGAUUUUUUCUUUAUAUUUUUCACAACUCAAGUAUUUUUAAUUACUUUUUUCUUAGCUAUAUAACUAAAACAAUUUAUUUUUAUGAAUUAAAAUUUUGGCUGGUAUCCAUCUUGUGUCCUAAAGCUGAUAAAACACUACUUUUGAGUAUCUAGUAUGUGGAAUUUUAAGUGAAAGUAUUGUGGAUUCAUUGUUGGCAGUUUUAAUUCAUUAACUGGUUAAGAUACAAAACUUUCAGCAACCACUAUAAGAAAAUAUAUGUGUCUUUUUCUGGAUUGGGAAAACUUCAGCCACUGAUCCAGUGACUUCUAAUCAAACCUCUGACAAAGGUACCUGCGGUGGUGCCUCCCUUUAUCUCAUGGAACUGGCUGGACUUUUAGGUAACUACUGCCAGUAACUGGGCUCAGCUGUAAUACACAACCUUUUGUCUUUUCCUUAGUCUCACUUACAAACUGUACAUCGCAACUUAGGAAAACUGCAGUGGUAACAUUUACCUAGUCAUAAGCAAAUACAAGUAUGUAGAAUUGAAAAAUAAUAAUAUAAUGUAUGCAGCUUUUCAUAGUAAUAGUAGUUUCCCUAUUGAUUCAAAUGAGUGACUCAACCCUGGAUCCUCUGUACUGUAAUUCACAGUGUCCCAUAAUGUUAUGCUCCCUGGUACUGAUGAAUGAUGUAAACAAUAUAAGGUUAGCAGUUCAUAGUACAGUUCAGCAUCCUAGAAAUACCUGGAACCUCAUAAAUACCAGUUUAUCUUUGAAGCAUAAAACAUUGACUGUUCUGACUGAAACUAGAACUCAGAGAGGAGACAAGCCCACGUUUAUCAGUAAUUACUUAGCUCGAAUACUGUUCUAUUUUUCUAGUAAUCCUAAUGAUUGCCUUUUUAAACGUACUCUGGUGUCUUUACUCCUAUGAGACAGCAGGUGUUUACCAGACAUGUACUGCGUCCCCAGCACUAGGUAGUGCUGUAGUUGCAGUUCUGGUCUCUGCCUAUGAAAGGCUUCUCCAAGAAGUUAGCAGUAUUAUUUUUACUUCUAAGCAAACUUCAGCAGAACAGAGCCUAUUUAUAUAAAAAAAAAGCAUCACUUGAUUAGUUUCACUUGAAAUAUACCACUGAAGAAGUAGAAAUAAAAAUGAUUUAAGUUCUUUAAAUUUUAAGAAACAUUUCAAAAGUUAGUAACUUAAUGUCAGUGACAUGAGGAUAUGCUUUAGCAUGGAAGAAAAAAAAAGACACAAGUUUUGAUCUGAUCUACCAUUUAUGUGUCAGUUGUGUAACCUGUAUGCAACUUGUGUCACUCUUUCUGGGCCUUAGUUUCCUUAUUUUUAAGUUUGGAUAAAACUGCUUAUUUUACUAUCCAGUGAAGAAAAGCAUUUCUUAAUCUAUUAACUCUUCAUAGUUAUGUAGACUCUAUCAUUAAAACUGAUGAGUGCGCCUUUAUAUACAUUUUAAGUGAAAACUGCUAUUACUUGUAAAACGUAUUUCAUAUCAAAUAUAUAUGCAAGGCAUGCUACCUAAAAAUCUGAUGAAUCUCUAACAAGGUGCUGAAUUGAAGUCAGAUUCCACACUUCAAGUAAAAGAAGUGAGUUAGUGUAUGGAUAGUGAGUGGGAAUGUUCAUCAUCAAAUACAUGAGCAUGAUUCAGAGUAACUGAAAGAUACCUGUAGAUCUUUCUCAAAGAGAAGUUAGGAUGGUGCUGCUCCUCAGAUUUGGCAUAUUCUUCAGGUCCUAAAUAUGGUGAAGUCAGUUGUGGAACAAAUGAGAUUGAUUAAACAGCCACUCACGAGACGAGGUAAAAACAGAGUGGUCAGAAAAAUGGGACUCCAUGGAGAUAGUUCUGGGAUGGGUGACAGAAGCCUAGGCGGAGAGAGCUCCCUGAAGCAGCGGAGGGAAGGGGACUCAGGGUCACUCCCUGAGAGUAACCCACUGUGCAGCUGCUGGAAGUGAAUGUUCUAGCAAUGAGUGUAGUUUUCAUGCAGAGAGAUAGGGCCUUCAUAAUGUAAAUCUAAACAUUUGUGACAGUUUGUCUUUUUCCUUAAAUACUAACCUAAUCACUUCCAUGUAAAGAGAAGCUCUUGCCUGGCAGGCAGAGGCCCUGGAUCUGAACCCCAGCGUGGAGUGGAGUGAGUGGAGCCCCAGUCUCUUUAUGAGCUACUUCUUCACCAGAAGCAAUCUUGAGGCUAAGCAUCACAACCUUUAGCCUAGGGAAAGCAGGUGAAUGAAGUGUAAGCCAAAUAGGGCAUUGAUUUGCCUGAGGACACAGUGGACCAGGACCUCUGAUGUCUUGCUUCCUAGGACAGCGCCGUUACGUGAUGCUGCCGCCUCUGCCUGUCAUGUAGUGGACAUGGCCAUGUGCUUCCUUGAAGGCAGGUGCAAAACGGCAGCGUUCCUACACUCACUAUAUCGUUGCUGAACAUAAUGUAAUCUUAAUCCUAUAUAGCCUUACUAAAAACCCUCCCUUUAGUUUUUCAGUGAUUAUACCGUAAGUCAAAUACUUGAUAUGCUUUACAUAAAUACUUCUUAACAGUUAAUAUCCUUAAGAAGCAAAUGCCCAUUUCCAAAGCAAUUAAUUUAUUGUGAUUGACUGGUUUUAUUCUUCUGUAGUCGUCUCUCCCUCUUCACUGGGGAGGAGAGAAUGAUUAGUCCCUUGCGUUAGAUUCUUCCUCUCACCUCGGUGCCCCUCUAGUGUCUUAAGGCUUUGUCUGAACAAGUGCAGCCUUACAUUUUUUGUUCAGACCUUUUUCAAACUAUUCAGUGAUUCUUCCAACAAGCUCAUCUGCUCUGCACUAUUUCACUAAUGAACCCUGGCUACCACGUAGCCCUUGACCUCCAAGUAGUUUACCUAUGCAAGACCCAUGAGAGUCUGAAUUCACUUCGCUUUAUUUCAGGAAGCAGUCAUACACAGAACUUAAUCACAGAAAACUUGUUUUCAACAGUUUUAUUUUGGUCAUUUCCUCUUCAGUAUGUCAGCUGUUUUCCCCCAAGAUUUUUCACCAAAACAGUGAUCAUAAGUGCUAGAAUAUAUAAUGUUUUGCAGGAGUAAAAUAACCCAGACAUACCUACUCAUAUUUCUUUGAUGCAUUUUGGUUGGUAAAAAUUACCAGCAUUAAAUAUAAAUCUAUAGUAAGGAGUUGAUUCCUUGCCUAGAGUCAUUUUUCCUCUGAGAUUCGUAAGUAACAUUUUAUUUUUACAAACCAUACAUCCAACUUCCACAUUUUAGUCAGGGACCUAAGGUGUAACUUGCUAAGUGAACCCCAAGGUUAUUUUAUCUUGCAAAAGAAACCUAAACCAAACUAAGGGCCUUACAGUUUAUGGUUAGACUGAAUCAAAAGCUAUAACCUCAGUUUUUCCAAAAACAGCUUCUGACUGCGAAAGCAAGUCACGCAGUUGUUAGGUGUGAAAUAGCACUGAUCUGGAAAUGCGCGUGCAUCCUCGCAGGCCGUGUUUCCCUCAGUAAAGACUUUUCUACUUUUAAUAUAAAUUAAGCCAUAACAGUUUCAUGCUGUGGAAAGAGGGUGAAAAGGUUCAUGUUAAGAGAUUAUAUAAUAUGAAUUUUCACAUUACUGUGAAAUGUCUAACUUUACCAGUGCUUCAGCAAGUUUUCUUUUGGGGGGCUGUUGGAGGGUGGUAGUGGUGGGGAGGGGGAGUAUUGGUUUUAGGGGUUUUAACUGUGAAAUUUGAAAAGGGGACAGUUGUUGGCUAUGGUAUUUACUAGUUUUGUAGUAACGUUUUGCUAGCCUGACUGACUUUCCUUACUGGUCUUUAUGCCCAUGGUCCCAGGUGACUGUUGCCUUCUCGUCGGGGGUGUCUGUGGGGUGGUGUCUUGUCUGUGUAGGCCGCCAGUGUGUGUGCACAUGUGUGUCCUUUGCGUACAGAAGCACACGUGUGGCAGUGGAACGGGGUGUGGCUGGGGAGUGGGAUGCAGAAGCUUUAAGAGCAUUUUUUUCUGAUUCAUGACAGUAUUUCCCAUCUUUUGCCUGCAGGCAGGGAAAGUGUACAGUAUUUAUUUUGUUUCUGUUUUACUCUGAAUUUGUAAGUCUUUAAGUAGCUUACAUUGAUUAUUAUAGGGGAAGACAAAUGACUUGUUUAAAGUUGUAUUUAGUAUUCUUUUCAAUUUCUGUACUUUAAAAUAUUGAAAUUAAAAUUGUAUUACUUCUGUUUUGAUUUUCCUAGCACUCAGUGUAUUUUUUGCUCAUUUUGUUUGAAAGUAUUAAUGUUGAAAGUUGUACAAAAUGUGUCUCUGAAAGAAAAAAAUCUGAAUUCUA